UUUUUUGAAAUGGGAAUACGAGGAGCACUAUCUUGGAAGACAUAUAUAGCAAAGUCCAAUUUUGAUUCUAGACUUUUAAGAGGGGAGCUGAGCCUGGAUAAAAUAUUUGUCUUAUAAGCCCUUUUGGAAUUGAACAUAGUAUUUCUUAUCAUUUUCGUCAUAGUUGGCUUCUUGGUGUUUUUUUUUAGGAUAAGUAAAAGAUAAAUUGACUUUGUUAUAUUAAGAGGUACUCCUACUUAUUUAAGUACUUAGUGGUUUUUAAUCAUACUAAGAACUGUUAUUCUUAUAUUGGCAGAAAGAUGGUCUCUGUAGUCUUAAUGUAGUACUCUUUUGCAAAUGUUUAGUUAUUGUUGGUGUUGCUUUCUAUACCAAAGUAGCUGCAUAUAGCUUUUGCAGUUCAAUGUAGUACUCUUUUGCAAAUGUUUAGUUAUUGGAUUGGUGUUGCUUUCUGCGCCAAAGUAGCUGCAUAUAGCUUUCGCAGUUCGUUCUCAUUUUAGUGCAUCACAUCUUGUACAGCAAACAACAACUAUGCCUCAAUCCCAAGAAAGUUGGGAACGGCUAUAUGAAUCCUCAUUGUCCAUGUCGCUCCAUGUAAAUCCGUCUUAAUCCAAUAUUUAAAAGCUUCACAUCUUGUAAGCCACUAAUUUCAUCGUAGGAGGAGUUAAAAUCUGCAAGCUGUGACCAUGUCAUCUUCCUAUCUCCCAGCAACUACUGAUUCUCUAGCUCAGGCUUCUGAGGCUACAUCACCAUCUGACGCCAUCUCUAUUCUUUACCGCAUCCUUGAUAACCCAUCUUCUGCUUCCGAGGCCCUAAGGAUCAAAGAGCAGGCAAUCUCCAAUCUCUCUGACCUCCUUAGACAGGAGAAUAGGGCUGAGGAACUUAAAAACCUUCUGACCCAGUUGCGCCCCUUCUUUUCUUUGAUCCCCAAGGCAAAAACUGCAAAAAUUGUUCGAGGAAUUAUUGAUGCAGUGGCUAAAAUACCAGGUACAUCUGACCUUCAGGUUACACUUUGCAAGGAUAUAGUGGAGUGGACCCGUAAGGAGAAGCGGACGUUUCUUCGUCAACGAAUUGAGGCUAGACUCGCAGCUCUUUUGAUGGAAAACAAGGAGUACUCUGAAGCAUUGACACUCCUUUCAGGAUUGAUUAAGGAGGUGAGAAGAUUGGAUGAUAAGCUGCUUCUUGUGGAGAUUGACUUGCUGGAGAGCAAGCUACAUUUCUCGCUGAGAAAUCUUCCCAAAGCCAAGGCUGCGCUCACAGCUGCUCGAACAGCAGCCAAUGCUAUUUAUGUGCCUCCAGCUCAGCAAGGUUCUAUUGAUUUGCAGAGUGGGAUCCUUCAUGCGGAAGAGAAGGAUUAUAAAACUGCUUACAGCUAUUUCUAUGAAGCAUUUGAAGCAUUCAAUGCCCUUGAAGAUCCCCAGGCCAUAUACAGCCUCAAGUAUAUGUUGCUUUGCAAAAUCAUGGUCAACCAGUCUGAUGAUGUUGCAGGAAUAAUAUCAUCCCCAAAGGUUGGAUUGCAAUAUCAGGGGCCAGAAGUCGAUGCAAUGAAAGCUGUUGCGGAUGCACACUCCAAGCGCUCCUUGAAGCUCUUCGAGACUGCUCUUCGGAACUUUAAGGCUCAGCUAGAUGAAGAUCCUAUCGUCCACCGGCACCUGUCUUCCCUCUAUGACACUUUGCUGGAGCAGAACCUUUGUAGGUUGAUUGAGCCCUUUUCGAGAGUUGAGAUUGCUCAUAUUGCUGAGUUGAUUGAGUUGCCUGGUGACCAUGUUGAGAAGAAGUUAUCUCAAAUGAUUUUGGACAAGAAAUUCGCAGGGACCCUGGACCAGGGUGCUGGAUGCCUUAUAAUUUUUGAGGAUCCUAAACCAGAUGCAAUUUACCCAGCUACGUUGGAGACUGUUUCAAAUAUGGGGAAGGUUGUUGACAGUCUGUUUGUAAGAUCUUCGAGAAUAAUAGCUUGAGUGUUAGAUCCGUUGGAGCCCGUUUCAAAUAUGGGGAUAAGUUGUUGACAGUGUGUAAGAUCUUCGAGAAUAAUAGCUCGAGUGUUAGAUCCUCUUUUGACGUGUAUCUUUUCCCUUUACUUGCUCUAUCUUUUGUGUGCUGCACGCAGCGUCUGUUUUCAGCAUUUGACAUUCUUUAUAUUAUAAGGUUCCUUUCCUGAUACAUUCUGAACUUAGUGUAAACCAUAUAUGGUUGAAAUCCAGGAGUGACUGAUGAGCAAGGUCUCAACUGAAUUUCUAA